AAGUAAACCAGGGGAUCAGUUCCGAAGUCGUCAUGGCGUCUCUGGCGAGGUUUCUCACGUUCUCCCUCUUCUGUAUCAUCAACACGAGUGUCGCCAAGGAUGUUCUGAAUGCCACUGAAUUGGGAACUAUUAUAGGCGAGACACGGUCAAUGACGGAGAACCUAACCGAACGCAUGGAUGCAAUGGCAGCGAUAUUUGGAGAAAGUCUGAGAUUGAUGAAAAGUGCAGAUGUGAAAAUGAGGCAAGCGAUGGGGCAAAGAGGCGGGCCUGUACUCGCGGACAACAAAACAGACGCUGUACAUCCAGGCGGGGCAAUCUACACACGCUGGGGGCAGCACGUGUGUCCAGAAGGAUCCGAUAUAGCGUAUACAGGUUUCGCCACUGGAGGACUUUUCGGUCACACAGGGGCAGGAACCAAUGCUUUGUGCACUCAUUCAUCUCCACAGUUCGACAGAACCUUCUACAGAAACACGACCAACCACAACUACUUGUACGGAGCAGAGUAUGAAGAGAUCUGGAAAACAAGUCUUGCCGACCAAGAUGCACCAUGCGUUGUGUGCCGAAGUGUCACUCGAACAACCGCCAUCUUGGUUCCCGGACGACACGAGUGCAUGACAGGUUGGAACACAGAGUACUAUGGUUUCUUGGUCGGCACGAAACACGAUGAUGCAGGGAACAGCGAUUACAUCUGUCUUGAUUCAGAUCCAGAGUCCAUAGAAGGCGGGUAUCAGGACCAUAACGGCCAUUGGUUGUUUAACGUUGUGUUCAGCUGUGGAGCCCUUCCGUGUCCUCCAUACAAGAACAAUUACUUUGUUCCCUGUGCUCUCUGCACAAAAUAAAAGUUUGAUAAACAAGUUACUGCAAGAUAAUACUGCAGAAUAAAAUUAAUUCUGCCAUGUAUUUCUGCAGGAAAAAAUAAUUUUGACAGUUGUUUCUGCAGAAAAAACAAUUCUGCCAGUUUUUUUCUGCAGAAAAAAAAAAUCUGCCAGAAUUUUCUGCAGUAAUGCAAUUUUAAGCCAAUUUUUGAGCUUAUGAACAUGUGAACACACUUGGACACAUUAUUAUUAUUAUAUUAUUGGAUUCGUCUCCUCGAGAUCUUUCCAGUGAUAUAAAAUAUGUUUUUGUAGCUCGCUUCCUUCUGUGUGGUCAAGUUCGGACCGCUGGCCAUUCCGUAGUUGUCCCGACCUGCCUUAGGCAAGUUUAUUUUAUAUUCUGCAAGGUGGCUUGUUGGGAUGGUCUUCCUGUCACUGCUUCUAGACAUGCUAAGGCGGUACCGGACACUAUUUUCAUGAUAUCUAGCAUGUCAAGCAAACGAGGCAAAUUUUGACGAAUAACUAUUUUUCAAUAUUUUCCCAUUGUUUUUAUAAGUCCCAUUUCCCUACUCCUACAUUAUCAAAUGUGAGGUUCAGGCAGAUUUCGACACACAGUUACAGAGGUUUUAUUGUCACCAUUCAACGGAAUUAGUGUCUUACCUACUCACAAGGUUUUAAAAAUGAAGUAGAAAACACGAUUUUUUCAAUGUUUUUACUGAGAAUUAGAGUAACAAAUAAAUUAAAUAAAUGUUUGACAAAUUCAGAUAACCGAACAUAAAACCUAUAACCAAAGACAUAAUUUGGAUAGUUGAAUGACUAAAUAGAAAUGUUACAGCCAAUUUUGUCAAAUUAUGCAUUUUCCCUUCAAAUUAUGCAAUUUUGAGCCCCUGAAAAUUCAUGCACACAUUUGCAAGUUUGCUACCCAAUGGAAACUGUGAAAAGAUACCUCCUUUAUUCCAAAGAAAAGGUUUAAGGUAUACAGGAAAAUGUGGGAACGAAAAUCUUGUUUUUCAUCCUUGGCCAAGUGACUACUAAGGUGCUAUUCCACUGUGACGUUACUCUGCAGUCUAUACAGUGUAAAUAACCAAUAUGUUGAAGAAUUAUGUUAAAGCUGUAGUCUAAACAAAAGCAACGGAAAUAAAAUUGUUUCAAAUAAUCAGAAUGUCUAUUAUCUGUCAUUACUAAUCGUUUACUAAGUAAACCCGUGCUAGCCAGUUGCCGUGACCGGACCACCGAGUUCUGAAUGUAGGGUGAUAGCUCAGUUCAGAAACUGUUCAUCUUAUUAUCAUACCAUCUUGAAGAAUUUCUGCAUACCGUAUACACAUCUCUGAUACAUGAUUUGCUUGUGUGGGAUGGUCCUGUCCAUUAACCAUACUUAUUAUGACUUGAGGAAAGCACGAAUCUAUUUGAUCAAUCACAGGACAUGAGGCAUAUGCAUCUGAUUCAUUCAUUCCCACGGCAUUACACAAUGUAGACGUACAGUUCAAAAUAUGUAUUAAUGUAUGUGGAGCAGAAGCUACUAACCCCAUUAGAAAUUACAUGUAGUACCAAGCGCGAAGGGCCCCGUUCCACAAGUGAUCGUAGCGCAACGACAGUCGUAAGUCUAUGUUAAAAUAUGGGAG